UUUCUGUUCUGUAUCGUUUUCAGCAACACAAAAUGUCUAAUCUAGCACAGGCCCGUCUUCACGAGGAGAGAAAGCAGUGGAGGAAGGACCACCCGUUUGGAUUUUACGCUAAGCCGCUCAAGAAUGCCGAUGGGACACUCAACAUCAUGAGCUGGGAAGUUGGAAUACCAGGAAAGGCAGGGACUGACUGGGAAGGGGGCGUAUAUGUGGUGAAGAUGGUCUUCCCCGAUGACUUCCCUACAAAACCCCCCAAGUGCAAAUUUGACCCUCCCCUCUACCAUCCCAACGUCUACCCAUCCGGCACCAUCUGUCUUUCAAUCCUCGACGAGGAAAAGUCAUGGAAACCAUCUAUCACCAUCAAACAGAUUGUCUUGGGUGUGCAGGACCUCUUGAACAACGCAAAUGUCAACGACCCGGCGCAGGUGGAGGCUUAUCAAAUGUUCAAAAAUGAUCGCCCGACGUAUGACAAGCGAAUCAGGGCGCAAGCCAUUGAGCGUCGUCCGAAAUAGACACGUCGUCUUCUCUUUGGCCGUUAUGUUGCUUGAUUGUAGAUUAGUCUUCUUUGCUUUCUUUACCAGGGAUUUGUAGUAACAAGGAUGGGUCAUCUCCUCCUUCUAGCAUGAUGCAUAUAUUGAUGUGUCCG